AUGUCGUACCAAACGGACCUCUUCAUCAACGGGAAGUACACACCUGCCACCAGCGGCGAAAAACUCUCAAUCUACUCUCCCAACGAUGACUCUCUUGUGACGGACAACGUCCAAGUGGCCUCGGAGCAAGACGUCGACAAAGCUGUAGCUGCUGCUCGGGCUGCUUUCCCAGCAUGGCGGGAUACUGCUGGCCACAAGCGGGCAGCGAUCAUGUUCAAGUUCGCCGAUCUGCUAGAGGAAAACAUUGACAAGCUCGCAAAGCUAGAAUCAAUUGCCAUGGGCCAACCAGUCAGCAUCGCUAAGAGGAUGAUCAUGGGUCCUGUUGCACUUUGGAGGUAUUACGCUGGAUAUUCGGGCAAGGUUGCGGGAGAAUCUUUCCCACCUGACGAGGAUGGUACCUAUAAGAUUGUCCAAUACGAGCCUCUCGGAGUAUGCGCGGGUAUUUGUGCUUGGAAUGGCAGCCAUGUUCUUGCUGCGUGGAAGAUGGCACCCGCAAUGGCCACAGGCAAUACCUUUAUUCUCAAGAGCUCUGAGAAAUCGCCGCUGAGCCUGCUCGCGUAUGGAGAUCUGAUCAAUGAAGCUGGCUUCCCUCCUGGAGUGAUCAACAUUGUCACCGGAGCUGGAAGCACCGGAAGUCUCCUGGCGAGCCACAUGAACAUUGACAAGAUUGCCUUUACUGGAUCGGCGGUAGCUGGACGAGCUGUGAUGGUAGCUGCGGCCAAGUCAAACCUGAAGCAAGUCUCGUUGGAGCUUGGUGGCAAGUCACCUGCAUUGAUCUUCGACGAUGCGGACAUGGAAAAUGCGGUGGAGCAUAGCUCGACCUCGUUCUUGCGGAACUCUGGGCAGAUUUGCUUUGCGGCCAGUCGGGUCCUUGUUCAAGAGAGUAUCGCUCCAAAGUUCAUCGAGGCUAUCAAGACCGCAUUCGAGAACGCAGCGUUGAAAAUGGGUGAUCCCUCGUUGGAAGACACAGCUUUUGGUCCACUAGCAGACAAGAAGCAGUUUGAGCGUGUGAUGAGCUUCCUCGAUGGCGCCAAAAGGGAAGGCGUGCAGGUCCUGACUGGUGGCUCGCGGAAAGGAGACAAAGGGACGUUUGUCACGCCGACCAUAUUCUUGAACCCGGACGUGAACAGCAAGGUCUACACCGACGAGAUCUUUGGGCCUGCAAUAUCAAUCAAAACUUUCAAGACCGAGGAUGAGGCCAUCCAGCUGGCCAAUAACACGUCUUAUGGUUUAGGAUCUACCAUCUACACGUCUGAUGUUGCCAGAGCGCUGCGGGUCGCAGGUCGUAUCGAAGCGGGUACGGUCGGYAUCAACUCAGCUUUCAGCACAUCGCCUCAAACGCCUUUCGGAGGCUUCAAGCAAUCAGGCUAUGGACGAGAGAGCGGGGCCGAAGGUUUGAAGGAGUAUGUGCAACCAAAGACUAUUCACAUCAACAUGAACGUAGGGAAGAAAUAG